GCUGUGUAGUAACAUUUGUUUAUUUUGCCCAAAUAAAGGACAGAUCAGCCAUUUUUCCAUUGCAAUUGAAAUUGAGAAAGCUUCAAUCUCCCUUUUGCAUAGAAAGGAUAAAAUCAUGCUUCUCAACUCUUCAUUUCUUCUGUCCAACACUUCUUCUCCAUAUACUCUAUCAGCUUGUCAUACAACUCAAUCUUUUCCCAGACAGAAGUCAACAUUCCAGUGUUGCUUAGCUGCCACAUUACAAGAUAAAAGGGUUAGGGAACUGAAUGUAAAUAUAUUGCAUUAUGAGGACAACAUGAAGCGCAGAUCUCUCCUGUUUUUUCUGAUUACAUCCGGCAUAUCUCCCGCUUUUCCAGCUUUUGGGAAAACAAAGAGCAAAAACCCAUAUGAUGAAAGACGCUUACUAGAGCAGAACAAACGGAUCCAGAGAGAAAAUAAUGCCCCUGAAGAGUUCCCCAGUUUCAUCAGAGAAGGUUUUACAGUUAAAGUAGUAACGCCUGAAAACUACGAAAAGCGUGAUUCAGGUCUUAUAUUGCGGGAUUUUUCUGUUGGUGAAGGUGAUUGCCCAAAGGAUGGUCAACAGGUGACUUUCCACUAUAUUGGGUAUAAUGAGUCUGGACGUCGUAUUGACAGCACAUACGUUCAAGGUUCUCCUGCAAAGAUUCGGAUGGGCACUAAAGCAUUGGUCCCAGGUUUUGAGGAAGGAAUUAGAGACAUGAGACCUGGGGGCAAAAGGAGGAUAAUCAUACCUCCAGAAUUAGGACCUCCGGUUGGGCCUUCAACAUUCUUUAGCUCAAAACAGUUUGAAGUAUUUGACGUGGAAUUGCUAGACGUCCAAGACUGCAAGCGUAGGACAAUAGGCUUCUACUCUGAUGUUGUUUGCAAUUGAACAAUAAGCUCAUGUUGUGAAUAUUUCAGUCACAUCUUGUAUCAUUGCUAUCAGGAGAAGAUACUUUUUUUUUUGUACAGCAACAGAAGCAGCAACACGAGACUAGUCUAGAGAUCAAAAGGUAGUUAUAGUUCUGAAUCUUUUGAUUUAUGCUGAAAAUAAUAGCAGACUAUCCAACAGUUUACUGACUAAAAGGAUCUUCCGUCUUA